AUGGGUAGCAAGCACAUAUGGGUAUGCUCUAUUUGCCACUGGACAAGUCCCCGAGGUCAAGGACUAUGGGAACCUGCUCUACCCGGAUUCGCUCCACCUCCACCGGCAGGCUACUACCCUCCCAAUCAACAAUGGGGCCCACCACCCAAUCAAUGGCAACAAGGUCCUCAGUAUCCGCCCCAGGGCUACCACCCUCCCAAGUAG